AUGACUCGAUGUGGAUCUCAGUUCCCCUCGGCUAGGCGAGUGGCGGCUUACUCCUCAGCGUGGACCGCGCACGGUGGUGAGGCGCUGCUGCCUGCUCGGGUCGACGGCGUGUGUGCGGACAAGGCUCGGCGAGGCGCGGGUGUUGCGUUGCGUCGAGGGGAAAGGCGCUGCGUCUCCGAUGGUCCUUGGUUGUCCUCGGUGCUACUCGAAUGCGACAGAGGGCUCUCGCUACUGCUUGCGGUCCUCCUUAACCCGGUGCUUGCGACGAUUACAGGCUCUCGGCUCUCAGUGUGGUGCUCGCGUGAGGUUGCUGGUCGCCGACGAGAAUGGGCUAAAGAGAUGGAAGAAAAGGAAUCUGAGAAUAAAGAAUUGUGGCGAUAUCACUUCCGCAAAGCGUCCGAUGUACCCCGUCGAUGGCCGCCACCGAACCCAAAGCUUUUGCUCAAAGACUUCAAGAUUCUCCUCCACCGUCGCGACAUGGCGCUUGCCCGCCUCUGCUCGUCCUCCGCUGAGGCCAAUAUCGAUGUCCCGAAUCGUGCUAAUACUAUUUCAAUUCAUGGAGAUAACAAGGUGAAUAAAAUCGAUGGCGAUAAUCAUGCGAACAAUCACUGUUCUAAACCAGAUUUGCUACCGGAGGGAAAUUUAUAG